CCGUAUUGAUUAGGGUCACUAACAUGGCCCUCCCACGACGUUCUGAGUUGAAACUUAAUUAAACCCUUUCGCUUACCUGAGCGUUACUACUCGCCUCUUGUAUAAACAUACACGAUGUCCACCCAUUCAUCAGCAUCGUUCUCGCCCACUAUAUCGCCAACCAAGAUUCAGGAGCAUGGCAUCACCGUCCUCCAUGGCUUCUCCCCGCGCUUCCCUCCCCGUGUCGCUCCUGGCGGUGGUGUUGCUCGCGGUCGACACCGUGUCGGCAGGCGCUCAGCCACCAACGACGACAACGGUGAUGACAGCGGCGGCGGAAGGACCGGUCUUCCUUGCAGCAGCGGGCCUCGCGGAGCGGCUGGGCGGCGGCGAGGGGCAGCAGCAGUACUGCUGGGAAUCGCUGAUGGAGAUCAGGUCGUGCACGGGGGAGAUCGUCCUCUUCUUCCUCAACGGCGAGGCGUACCUGGGUCCUGGCUGCUGCCGCGCCGUCCGCGCCAUCGAACGGCUCUGUUGGGCCGCCGACGCCAUGCUGUCCGUCAUCGGGUUAACCCCGGAGGAAGGGGACAUGCUCAAGGGCUACUGCGACGACGACGGCCAGGGGCACCACACGGCAGCGCCGCCGCGCGCCUGAUCACCGUGCUCUUGACGGUAUAAUCCCCACUGGCGCCGGUGCCGUGGCUGCUUCUUCGGUGGUGGGAAGGAAGGGACUUGGUUUGCCGUUCGAUUGUUAGAUUACGUACGUCACGUUGCAGUGUUUUUCGGCGUGUGUUCUGUGUGUCGUGUCCACGUCCAGCUGAGGUUCAAAAGAUUAAAUGUGGAGUGUCUAGUGCUCUUCCACGAGCAAAGCUUUAUCAUGUAUUGUAGAUCAAUUGCUUCCUGACACUGCCUCCGUUCAGAAAUGGAUUAUGUUCCCUAAAAAAAACAGGAUUAUGGUUCUGAUGGAGGGGGCAGUAAAUCUUUACCAAGUCUGAGUGGGGAGGAUGGAUCUGGAGCUUCCUUUGCUACUAAAGUAAUGGGUGUUCAAGGUGCCCCAUUGGCUCUGAUGGAAAUUCAACAAUCUGAUGAGGAGGGAGAUGAAGUGUUGGGAGCUGAGAAUGAAGCUGGGGGUGAAGAAGAAGAUGCCAAGGAAGGGGACCUGAGAAGAAGCUUGAGAUUGGAGAGGCUGGGGACAACUGAUGACAAGGUGGAAGAUAGAGCUAUUCGUAAUGCAAGAGUGAGGAACCUGGAAAUACCCAAAGAAAGGCGAUUUGAAGGAGGUGCUUCAUGGCGGCUCGCGGCAGCUGUGGCGAGUCUCGGCUGAAGUCUUCCAUCGCUCGUUGGGCUGGGCUCCGGUGUCGCUUCAUCUGACAACAUAAGCUUUCAGGUGGCGAUAGGAGAUGUCAUGCAGUGGAUCCACGCCUUAGCUCUCUCUGGUUUCUUAGCUGUAGUCUGAGGUUGUAGUAGUUUGAAUUUGCUUCAUUAGGGAGCUGUUCAUGGUGGGAGCAACGGCACUGCAGCUGUUCUGUUAAAAUGCUGAGUUGUCUGUUGUGUCCAGAGGUAUUUCCAGCACUGUUUUAUUGGGAUAUUUAUGUAAGACACUCAUGGUUUCCUUUAAUGAAGCCGGAGGUAUAUCCUCUGUUCUAAAAAAAAGGAUUAUGUUUUAUAGAAUCUAUGAUGCCAAA